AUGCGCUUGCUUAGCAUGCCAGCAUUCAGUACUGACUCUGCUGCCUUCUGUUGCUCGAGAACAUCAACGAACAACCAGCAACACGAAUUCGACUCCGAUCUUCCCAUGGCAUUGAUCACUCUUAAAGUUGCCCUGCUGAUGUGGCAGGCGCCUUGGGUCCUCGCUGGCGUGUCAGUUGAUGCGCAGGGCCGGCUGGGCCUGGGCGAUGUGAAGGCCCAGGAGGACCUCGGCUUUGAAGGCAUGGACGCUUGGGCCAACAUCUUCAAGAGCGUGGGCCGCGGGGAGCAAGCGGAUCCCGGCGCCCUCACGAGGCUUGCGGGCAUCGAGGUGCCGGACACCAAGGACGCCAAGGAGGAGUUGGAUCCCAAGCUCAAGGAGGAGCUGGGUCAGCAAACUGUCCAAGACCGCAUUCGCAGCCUCACUGGCAAGCCCGAGAUGCUGAUGAAGGUGCUGAAGGAGAAUCCCAUGGUGCAGCAGUUGGCGAAGGCCAACCCCACCAUGCACCAGAUCAUCCACAGCCCGGAGGCCCUGCAGACGCUCUUCAGCUCGGAGGUCUUGAAGAAGCUGCGCGCCGGCGAGCGGCUCGCGUGA